CCAUGACAACAGCGCGCCCAGCCAUUUCUGACCGCGCAGUGCUGGGGAAGCAGAGGCCUAUGGUGCGUGUUGCGUCAUCACUACGCGCUCGGUAGCUAGCUCGGUGCUGUGUGGGAAGGUUCCGUCCCGGCUACCGUUGCCGCCCGCCAGGCAUUAUUUUCUUCUUUUCCACCUUUGUUCCACCGUGGAGCCUGCGAGGCCAUAGUUCAUUGAAAGCCCUCAGCCCCUCGGGGUGGUGGUGUCUACCAGUAUGAAUCUUUUCAACUUGGAUCGUUUUCGCUUUGAGAAAAGGAAUAAGGUUGAGGACGCUCCCGAACCAGCCCCCCAGCCCUCCCAACCUUCUCAGCCCCAGCCCGGUCCUUCUUCGCCAAUUUCUCUUAGUGCUGAAGAGGAGAAUGCUGAAGGGGAAGUUAGCAGGGCAAACACCCCUGACUCAGAUAUAACUGAAAAAACAGAAGAUUCUAGUGUUCCAGAACCUUCAGAUGGUGAAAGAAAAGCAAGUGUAUCAUGUUUCCAAGAUCAAAGAGGAAUACAGUAUAUUGACUUGUCUUCUGAUAGUGAGGAUGUUGUUUCCCCAAAUUGCUCCGGGACAGUUCAAGAGAAGAAAUUCAACAAAGACACAGUGAUUAUAGUUUCUGAGCCCUCUGAAGAUGAAGAGUCCCAAGACCUUCCUGUUGCACGAAGAAAUGAUAUUUCAGAAUUGGAAGACUUGAAAGAUGCUAAGCUUCAGACUCUCAAAGAACUUUUUCCGCAAAGAAGUGACAUUGAUCUCCUUAAGUUGAUUGAAUCAACAAGCACUAUGGAUGGAGCAAUUGCUGCUGCCUUGCUGAUGUUUGGUGAUGCAGGUGGUGGGCCCAGGAAAAGAAAAUUAUCUUCUUCUUCAGAGGCAUAUGAGGAGGAUGAAUUUAAUGAUGAUCAAUCUUUUAAAAAGGCAAGACUGGAUCAUGGAGAGGAAUCAAAUGAGUCUGCAGAAUCUAGCAGCAAUUGGGAGAAGCAGGAAAGCAUUGUAUUAAAAUUGCAAAAGGAAUUUCCCAAUUUUGAUAAACAGGAACUGAGAGAAGUGCUCAAGGAGCAUGAGUGGAUGUACACAGAAGCUUUAGAGUCUCUAAAAGUGUUUGCAGAAGACCAAGAUAUGCAAUAUGCUUCACAAAGUGAAGUUCCGAAUGGAAAAGAAGUUUCUUCAAGGGGUCAGAAUUGUCCUAAAAAUGCAGCCAAAACAAAAAUGAAACAGAAAAUUUCCAUGAAACCACAAAAUGGUUUUAACAAGAAACGUAAGAAAAAUGUAUUUAAUCCUAAGAAAGCCAUAGAUGACUCUGAGUACGAUUCAGGUUCUGAUGUUGGUAGCUCAUUAGAUGAGGACUACAGUAGUGGUGAAGAAGUGAUGGAGGAUGGCUACAAAGGCAAAAUCAUUCACUUUCUUCAAGAUGCCUCAGUUGCUGAACUUACUUUAAUUCCUCAAUGUUCUCAGAAAAAGGCUCAGAGGAUAACAGAACUCCGGCCCUUUAAUAGUUGGGAAACUCUGUUCACAAAGAUGUCUAAAACUAAUGGCUUAUCUGAAGAUUUGAUAUGGAACUGUAAAACGCUGAUUCAAGAAAGGGAUGUAGUUAUCAGACUAAUGAACAAAUGUGAAGACAUUUCAAAUAAAUUGACCAAACAAGUUACCAUGCUCACUGGAAAUGGAGGUGGCUGGAACAUAGAACAACCCUCCAUUCUAAACCAAAGUUUGUCACUCAAGCCUUAUCAGAAAGUUGGUUUGAAUUGGCUGGCAUUGGUGCAUAAACAUGGACUUAAUGGCAUUUUGGCAGAUGAAAUGGGCCUUGGCAAAACCAUUCAAGCCAUUGCAUUCCUGGCGUAUCUCUAUCAGGAGGGUAAUAAAGGGCCUCAUCUGAUUGUUGUUCCAGCCUCAACCAUAGAUAACUGGUUAAGAGAAGUUAACCUGUGGUGCCCUACUUUAAAUGUGCUCUGUUACUAUGGUUCUCAGGAAGAACGUAAACAAAUUAGAUUCAACAUUCAUAGUAAAUAUGAAGAUUACAAUGUAAUUGUCACAACGGAUAAUUGUGCAAUCAGCAGUUCUGAUGACCGUAGUCUCUUUCGGCGGCUGAAACUAAAUUAUGCAAUUUUUGAUGAGGGCCACAUGCUGAAGAAUAUGGGCUCUAUCCGCUAUCAGCACCUUAUGACAAUUAAUGCAAAUAACCGUUUACUGCUCACAGGCACACCUGUGCAGAAUAAUCUCUUAGAACUCAUGUCAUUAUUGAAUUUUGUCAUGCCACAUAUGUUCAGUAGCAGCACGAGUGAAAUUCGAAGAAUGUUCUCCUCUAAGACGAAGCCCGCAGAUGAGCAGAGUAUUUAUGAAAAGGAGAGAAUAGCCCAUGCAAAACAGAUCAUUAAGCCAUUUAUUCUCAGAAGAGUGAAAGAGGAGGUUCUCAAGCAACUACCUGCCAAGAAGGAUCAAAUUGAGCUUUGUGCAAUGUCAGAGAAGCAGGAGCAACUCUACUUGGGCCUUUUCAACAGAUUGAAAAAGUCUAUCAAUAACCUGGAAAAAAAUACAGAAAUGUGCAAUGUCAUGAUGCAGUUGAGAAAAAUGGCCAAUCAUCCUUUAUUACACCGCCAGUAUUAUACACCUGAAAAACUGAAGGAGAUGUCUCAGCUUAUGCUAAAGGAACCUACACAUUGUGAGGCUAACCCUGACCUGAUCUUUGAAGACAUGGAAGUUAUGACAGACUUUGAACUACAUGUACUUUGUAAACAAUAUCGACACAUUAACAAUUACCAGUUAGACAUGGAUUUGAUUUUAGAUUCUGGGAAAUUCCGAGCCUUAGGAUGCAUCUUGUCUGAGUUGAAACAGAAGGGCCAUAGAGUUGUAUUAUUUAGCCAGUUUACCAUGAUGCUGGAUAUUUUAGAGGUUCUCUUAAAACAUCAUCAGCAUAGGUACCUCCGAUUAGAUGGAAAGACUCAAAUUUCUGAAAGGAUCCAUCUAAUUGAUGAGUUUAAUACCGAUAUGGAUAUCUUUGUAUUUCUCUUGUCAACCAAAGCUGGUGGAUUAGGAAUAAAUCUGACUUCAGCAAAUGUUGUUAUACUUCAUGAUAUUGAUUGCAAUCCUUACAAUGACAAACAAGCAGAAGACAGAUGCCAUAGAGUGGGCCAGACUAAAGAAGUACUAGUUAUUAAAUUAAUAAGCCAAGGAACAAUUGAAGAAUCCAUGCUAAAAAUUAACCAACAGAAGUUGAAAUUAGAACAAGACAUGACCACAGUAGAUGAAGGUGAUGAAGGAAGUAUGCCUGCAGAUAUAGCCACGUUACUAAAAACAUCAAUGGGCCUGUGAGAGGAGAACUUGGAGUUCCUGACUCAUGAGGAAGUAUCAACUUGGUGCACUCAAAGACAGUCACAUUAUGAUGACCAUGGGGUUUAUGAGCAUUUGUAACUUUUUAUAAUUUCCCUGUUGCAUUUCUCAUAAUAUGGACAACUUUUUUGCCACUAACUGGAUUCUCCAGAUGCUCACAUCCUGAAGAUGUUGAAUAAUCAUUUUACAAAGCAGUUUUCUGAAUGGGGAUUAGUUGGUGAUUGUUUGUAACAAAUAUGCUAAUGCUUUAGAAAUGUCAGUAUUUUUGUAAUUAUUUCUACCUCCAAAUAUAUAUAUAUAUAUUGUCUUUCACUGGAUAAUGUGUGUAGAUUUUUACAUGUGCCUUAUUUGACAAUGCUUAUAUCUUGUUUUUGCUUGUCUCAUUUGAAGUUUUUAUUAUGUUAGUGUAAAGAAUGCAGCAGUAUAGGUUAUAUAGCCUUUAUUUUAUUGCUAUUUGAAGCAGAUGUUCACCAAUGUCAGUAAGAACUCAGCUUGAAUCUAAAGGUGGCAUUCCAUCUACUAACAUCCCCAGGUCCUCUUCCUACUUCUGUUAAAACAAAUUUGUUUGGCUAGGCACUAAGUUGUUUUCCAGUGAAUAGUAACUAAAGAAGCCCUUCUCCUGCUCCAUGGCUUAAUUCCUUCUUUCCUUUCCUAACUGCACUGACUGUGCGUAUUGAGUCUGCCUAUUAUUGUGCAUGUUUCAUUGAUUUCCCUUUCCUGGCUCUUGCUUCUCUUGGAACUGUUACCCAGUCACUUCUGCUCCAGUUCUUUCUCUCCAGUGCAUUUCUUGCUGCCAUAUCUCCACAGAUCAGCAAAAUGUUGGUGACAUUUUUCUUUUCUGGCAGAACAGAUUAAAGCUACUUCAUUUCAAAGCAGACGGAUGUGACUUUAUACUAAAGCAGCAUUAGGUACUGCAUGGAAAUAGUCAUUAACUUUAAACUCUUAUCAAAAUAUAAUCUACCUGUUCCCAGGAUUUCCAGUACGGGACCGCCUGAAGAGAAAGCCAUUGUUCAAUUCCAGUUCAGAGUGGGUGACAAAGUAAGAUUUAGAAGUAAAGUUGUCUAUUUGAUAUUUCACUCUUUAUUAAAUCUUUGUUUAAAUUUUUGCCUGUCAGUCUAUAUUGCUGUUUUCAUCAUACACCAGAUUCUUUGUAUAACUUGUGAGUUUUAUGUGUUUUGUUUUUAUUAUGUAAAUACCAUUAUAAAUAAACUUAUUUAUAAAUGAGAGAUUUGUUAAUUAUUGGAGGUCAUACUUUUCAAGACAUUCUAAUUGCUAAGAUGCUAGGUAAAUCUUGAUUUUUCUAGAAGGUGGAUAUGAUGUUACAGUGAUUUUCUCUUUUUAGAUACUAGAUAAUGACUCUGGAAACUCUUGACUCAGUAGACUUAAUCUUGAAGGUAUAUUGAAUAUACUGAAUAUAUCUCAGCACUACAGGGCUAACAGGAAUCUGCAAGUGUGAAUGCUACCUCCUGACCACAGUACCCAGAUCACUUAGUGAAAUUGUUGGCAGUCUUAACCUUUUAAACUCAAAAUAAAUUUCUCUUAACUUUUCUGUAUUGAUGAGUCUUCUACAGUAGGCUCUUUUCUUUUGUUGUAGUUGUUAUAUCCGUAUUUCCUCUAAUGAAAUGUAGUUAGAGUCUCCUAUGAUACUCUAUUAUUAUUAUUACUAUGUCUCGGGUUUAAUAAAAAUAUUUGUCAUCACUA